UUCAUACUUUCGGUGCCUUCACACGUGUUUUAUUUUUAUUCAAAACUAAUUGCAACUAACUUUUAAUUUUGCCGAUAUUUAACAAAAAACUUCAACAAAAUGCAAACUGACGAUGUUGUUUGGAGCAUCAUCAACAAAACUUUCUGUUCGCACAAAGUCAAAACUGACACCCGUACAUUUUGCCGCCAUGAAUACAAUUUAACAGGUCUCUGCACGAGAAGAACCUGUCCGCUAGCCAACAGUCAAUAUGCCACCAUCCGCGAGGAGAAUGGUAUCAUAUAUCUGUUUAUGAAGACCGCCGAACGUUCCCACAUGCCCAACAAACUAUGGGAGCGUGUCAAAUUGUCACGUAACUUUGAAAAAGCCAUCCAACAAAUCAACGAGAAUCUAGUCUUCUGGCCAAAGUACAUGAUUGCCAAAAACAAACAACGUUUUGUAAAGAUCACUCAAUAUCUGAUUCGUAUGAGAAAGCUGAAGUUACGCAGGCAAAAGCUUAUUGUGCCACUUUCGAGGAAGAUUGAACGUCGUGAAGCGCGCAGAGAACAGAAGGCUCUUAUUGCUGCCAAGAUUGACAAUCACAUUGAAAAGGAAUUGCUGGAGCGUUUGAAGAAGGGAACCUAUCAAGACAUCUAUAACUUCCCACAGACAGCAUUCAACAAAGCUUUGCAGGCUGAAGAUGUGGACGAUGAAGAAGAAGUCGAGGAGGAGCAAGAAAUCGAGAAGGAAAUGGAAUUGGAUGAUGAAGUAGAAAGAGAGCUUAACAUGGAUGAAGAAUUCGUUGAAGCCGAUUCGGAAGAUGAUGAUGACGAUGAUGAAGAUGAAGUCGACGACGAUGAUGACGAGGAUGUGGAAGAGGUUGAAAGUGAUUCCGGCAACAAGGAAGAAGUAGAAAUGGACAGUGAUUUCGAAUCUUCAGAUGGAUCUGAUAUUGAGGAUAACGGUGUUGGUGCAUUUGUAAAAAGACCCAAGGAUAUCAGUGAUAAAAAAGAUGCUAAAUCAAGAAAAGAUUCUACGACAAAAUCAACAGCAUCAUCAGCAGAAGCAGCAACAGCUAGCGAUAGUAGAAAAAUCGUUAAGGGCAAGCGACGACUUAAGAAACCCAAAGUGGAAAUCGAAUAUGAAAUGGAAGCUGAUGCCCCGGCACGGGAAAGGAUACAUAAGUGAGAUGCCCAAUGAGCAUGUCACUGCCCUGCGUUGCCUCCUGAAUGCUCCCUUCCGUGAUAUAAAUACGCCGGCCAUCACAGAUCGUGUUGCUCCAGUCAGAGAUGUGGUUUUCCUCGACGAGGAUGCCAACCAC